AUGGAAUGUUCCGAAGAUGGUGCCUCAAGGGCUAAAAGGAUGGCAGAGAAGAAGUUAUUACAGGAUAACUUUAGUGUUGCAAAACUACUUGCAACAAGGGCUCGGGUCCUGAAUCCCAAUAUUGACGGCAUCACUGAACUGCUGGCAACAAUUGAUGUUUAUAUAGCUGCUGAAAAAAAAGUUGGUGCAGACGUAAAUUGGUACGAGGUCCUUGGUGCACAGCCCUUGGAUGAUGAUGAAACAAUUCGGAAAUGUUACAGGCAGAUGGCUCUUACUCUGCAUCCGGAUAAAAACAAGUCGGUGGGUGCAGACGGCGCAUUUAAGCUGGUAUCUCAGGCAUGGACUGUACUAUCUGAUAAAGCUAAGAGAGCCGCCUUUGAUCAGAAGUGCCGCUUAUGGGAGUCCUUCAAAAGGAUUAGUGGUGGUAUACCUCAGAAUAGUUUGUUUGAUACUGUUAACCUUGGGGGGAAACUUUCUGAACCUGCUAGUAGGGGUGGUUUGUUUAAUGCUGCUAACCGGACGGAUAGAGAUCUCACGAGUGGUGCUCAUGCCAAUCCUACUCCAAGACCUUCUGUAUCUGCCCGUUAUAGUGGUUUGUUUAAUUCUGAUACCAGGAAGGACAUAGAUCAUAUGAGUGUUGCUCACACCAAUCCUACUCCAAACGCCCCUCUUGGUAAACCACCUUCAUUUUGGACUGUGUGUAGUUUCUGCAGGACACAUUAUGAGUACUUUACUGUCUAUAAAAACUGCAAUAUUGUUUGUGCCGGCUGCAACAAGCCAUUUUUUGCUUCUGAGACACCACCCCCGCCUUUAAUUGCAAAUGCUUCCCCCACUUCAAGAGCUGCUUUGUUGAAUCAGCAUAAGUUCAACUCAACCGGAUUGGUAAGAAGCGACCAUGUUUCAAGUAGGGCACUGACGUCUUCCGUCAAGUCAUCGCUUGGGUCAGGUUCUUUUUCUAAGCCAAAUGGCACUUCCAGUGGACCGACAUCAGUUUCUACUGCUUCUGGAGCUCUUGAUCUUUUUAACAGGCCAUCUGUGAAUUUGAAGAGAAGGCAUGAAGAUUCAACACCUCUCAUGAGUGCGGAGACACAUAUCGGUAAAACUCAUGUUGAAAGAACUAUUACAGGUUCAGAUUUUCAGCCUUCUUGUACAAAAAGGUGCACAGGCGAACAUAAAGUUGAUAGUGAUAGAAGAGGCACGGAAGCUGAAAUGGCAUCAAAAAAAGGAAUAACCUCUUCCAAUGUGUCAGGGUCUCUGAAGAAUAGUUUUGAUGCAGGAAAGGUUAGUGCUCCCGGAAAUUCCAGACGAAAUGGUAUUAGGGACAUGUCUCAGCAGAAUAUGAGGAACAUCUUGGCAGAUAAGGCUCGGAAGGUGAUUUGUAAGAAACUUGAUGAGUGGAAGGAGAGUCGUAGAAAGCUUGAUGAGUGGAAGGUGAUUCGUAAAACGCUUGAUGAUCGGUAUCUAUCUUCUACGCUAAAGAACACUGGUGCAGAUGCAGAAGUCAAAGUGAAGGAGAAAGAAAAGGCUAUUAAUGGUGUGAAGCCUGGUCCAAAAGAAAUUGUUAAUUCUGAGACCAAUAAUAACUCUAUCUCUGCGGUUUCAGAGGUGCCUCUUUCUGUCACAAUGAGUGUUCCAGACCCAGAUUUCCAUGACUUUGAUGGGGACCGAGUUGAGGACACUUUUGGUGAGAACCAAGUGUGGGCUGUAUAUGAUGAUGAAGACGGAAUGCCACGCUACUAUGCCUUUAUCCACAGUGUGAUCUCAAAGAAUCCAUUCCAAAUGAAGAUAACCUGGCUGAGCUCUAAAACCAAUGAUGAAUUUGCACCGAUAAAGUGGGUCGGUUCUGGCUUUCCAAAGACCACCGGGGAUCUUCGACUAGGCAAGCGUGUAAUCAGCAGCACUCUAAAUUCUUUCUCUCACAGGGUCAAGUGGACAAAAGGUCCCAAAGGAAUUUUCCAUGUAUAUCCAAAGAAAGGGGAUGUUUGGGCUCUAUAUCAGAACUGGUCCCCUGAUUGGGAUGAACUUACUAAAGAUAAUGUCAUACAUCAAUAUGAAAUGGUGGAAGUGCUUGACGACUACAGUGAAGAGCACGGUCUGAAUGUUGCUCCACUUUCCAAGGUUGCAGGUUUCAAGACAGUGUUCCGUCAGAAUGCUGACCCGAGAAAAGUCAGGAACAUUCCAAGGGAAGAGAUGUUUCGCUUUUCACACCAGGUACCUUCAUACUUGCUUACCGGAGAAGAAGGUGAAAAUGCUCCUAAAGGUUUCCUGGAGCUGGAUCCUGCUUCUACACCUAUGGAACUUCUUCAGCUGAUCACUGAUCCUCCAACCCAAGAAAUGGAGGAAAUGCCAGUUGAAAAUUCUUCAAAAGAUGACUUGAAGCACAAGGACAAUUCUGGCGUGAGUAAGAAGGCGGCUGGAGCACAGGCAGGGAAGGUUUGGCCUGAGAAUUUGCUGGUAUACAGGCGGAAGCGUUUUAAGGUAAAGAGGGAUCAGUGA